AUGCUGUCAGAGAUUCGCCGUGAUGCUUUUCAGAUUGAUUCAUUGUGUGCUUCGCGAUCAGACACCGAAAGUGAAAGUGCACGUCGUGUGAAGACAGAAUUCAUGGUACAAAUGCAAGGUGUUGGACUGAAUAAUGAUGGCAUUCUUGUGCUAGGAGCCACGAAUAUCCCUUGGAUUUUGGACGCUGCUAUAAGAAGGCGUUUCGAGAAGAGAAUUUACAUUCCAUUGCCGGAGAUGAAUGCACGCAAGGACAUGUUCCGUUUGGAUGUGGGACGCAAUAAUAACAAUCUAACUGAUGCCGAUUACAAGUUAUUGGCUGAACGUACAGAAGGAUAUUCUGGUUACGAUAUCAACAUUCUCGUCAAAGAUGCGCUUAUGCAACCAAUUCGACGUGUGCAAGCUGCAACUCACUUUAAACACGUGAGCGGUCCGUCGCGAUCAGAUCCUUCAGUGAUCGUACACGAUUUGCUCACCCCAUGUAGUCCAGGCGACCGCGGAGCGAUACCUAUGAGUUGGUUGGAUGUCCCCGGCGAUAAGCUAGCCGAACCGAUACUCACUAUGCAUGACAUGAUGCGAUCGUUGGCGACCGUAAAACCGACGGUGAAUGCAGCUGAUUUGACGAAGCUGGAGCAGUUCAAGAACGAUUUUGGCCAAGAAGGAUAA